AUGACCACCAUGAAGGCAAUCAAAGUGACCGGUCCUGGAGGAGCAGAGAUCCAGGACGUACCGUUGCCGAGACUGCGAGAUGACUACGUCUUGUGCAGAGUAAAGCGAGUAGCAAUCAAUCCCACUGACUGGAAGCACAUUGACUUCAUCCCAGCCCCCGGAGCUACGUCAGGAUGCGACUUUGCUGGGUCGGUUGAACAAGUUGAACCUGCUGUCAGUAAAUAUUGGAGAAAGGGAGAUCGUAUUGCAGCCUUUGUCCACGGUUGUAACGCGACUAACCUUGAGGAUGGAUGCUUUGCCGAGUUUGCCGUUGCCAAAGGAUAUUUACAAAUGAAGAUCCCCGACAAUUUAAGCGACGAGCAAGCGGCUACACUGGGCGUGGGCCUGACUACAGUUGGCCUGGCACUGUACCAGAGUCUGGGAUUGCCGCUUCCACCCUCCAACCCUUGUGGAGUUCCAGUGUUGAUCUACGGGGGCAGUACAGCCACGGGUAGCCUCGCGAUUCAAUUUGCCGCAUUAUCUGGCUUAAAAGUGAUCACGACCUGCUCACCACGCAACUUUGUGUUUGUCCAAAAACUUGGAGCAAGCAAGGCGUUCAACUACAAAGAUUCCGCUUGUGGUGCCAACAUCCGAAAGUUUACGAAUGAUGCGCUCGAGCUUACUUUUGACUGCAUUUCCCAUGAGAACUCGGCAAAAAUAUGCUGCGAGGCAAUAUCAUCUGACAGAGGGAAAUUGUGCUCCCUCAACCCCACGGCUCAUCCUCGGACAGACGUGAAGAACAUUCACACGCUUGCUUACACUGUCAAUGACGAGGAUUUCGAGAUGGGGAACUCCUUGAUUCCUGCGAAGCCAGAUGAUCUGGAGUUUGGCAAGAUGUUCUGGGAGCUAGCAACCAAAUUAAUUGCCGAGAGCAAGAUUAGUACGCAUCCAAUUUUGGCUUGCACGGGUGGCUUGGAGGGUGUUCUCCAUGGUAUCAAUCAGCUUCGAGAGGGAAAAGUGAGCAGGAAGAAGCUGGUGUAUAACCUAGAUUAA